UUUCAGGCGAAUCGAUGAGUUGAACUAGCAAGAGCAAUUCAAAAGAAUUGAAGGUUGAAAAGACGUAUACAGGAACUAUACCCAAGAGUUUUAAGUAGUAACUGAAAUUGCAUGUAGCUGAGGGAAAGCAAAAAAUAUCUGGAAGUUUAAAAAGAGAAAAGCAAUCAAGGACGAAACUUUUAUUUAUAAUUGUCACUUUUGACAUCUAUUUUUCACGCACUUGUCCAUGGAAAACGAAAUUGUCGCUUUAUGCGGCUUUUUUGUUUCUAUUUCCCUGGUUUUAUCGUUUAUUUCAAUCGCUUCUCAUUUAAAAAAUUAUAGAAAGCCUGUUUUACAACGCUCUGUAGUAAGGAUUUUGUUAAUGAUUGUUACUUAUUCUAUCGUCUCUUUUUUGGCUGUAUAUAAUGAAAGAAUUGGAGCCUAUUUUGAACCUUUCAGGGAAAUCUACGAGGCAUUUGUACUUUAUUGUUUCUUUUGUUUGCUUAUUGACUACCUUGGCGGCGAAAGAGCUGCUGUGAUCAUUCUGCAUGGACAUUUACCUCGUCCUCGUUUAUGGCCAUUGAAUCACCUUCAAAGUGAUAUUGACUUAAGCGAUCCUUACACAUUUCUUUCCAUUAAACGAGGUAUCUUACAGUACACAUGGCUUAAACCAUUUCUCAUUAUGGCUACACUUCUUAGCAAAGCUUUAGGAGUAUAUGAACAAGAGGGAAAGCCGGUCUUUGUUACAGCUGCUUUAUGGAUUGGGUUGUUGUACAAUAUUUCGAUUACUUUAUCUUUCUAUUCUUUAACAACAUUUUGGGUUUGCUUGCACGAGGAGUUGGCUCCGUUUCGACCCGUCCCGAAAUUUCUUUCUGUAAAAGCUAUUAUUUUCGCCUCCUAUUGGCAACAAACCCUUUUGUCCGUAGCCAACUGGCUUGGCAUUUUGCGAAAGACCCAUGGGAUAUUUAUCUUAUUAGACCAGAAUGUCCUUAUGUGUUUAGAAAUGCCUUUCUUUGCGUUAUCUCAUUGGCAUGCCUUUCGUAUUAAAGAUUAUAUAACGCCAUCAUGGAUAUCGUGUUCAAGGAUGCCGAUUAUAAAAGCCUGGAAAGAUGUUGCUGGGUUCAAAGACGUUUGGUGCGACAGCAUUCAAACGUUACAGGGCGAUCGGUAUGUCUAUGAGAAUUUUGAACCUGCUGAAUGUCAAGUCCCAUCAAGACAUGAUGCACGAUUAAAUCGAACAAUCCGCGGUUUGCGUUACAGUCAAGGUGGCCAGGGCAAAUACUGGGUUUCCCGAUACGAUCAAUCACGCGUACGUUUAAUUAACAACAACAACUCCCCAGCGUCAAGUAAAACUUACUUCUCUAUCCCCGGUUUGUACAGCGAAUCUCAGCAUUAUGAAGGAGGAAUAUAUUUUGAAAUAGAUGACGAGAUAGAACCGCUUUAUACUCAGGCAAAGAGUAUGCCUUUUGGUGAUUAUAACUAUCCAGUACUUCCAAUUCCUACUAUUUCAGAAGCCGCUCCUAUAAGAAGAAAUCGUUCAGAAACAUGAUUACAGGUUCAUUAGAAUCUCGUAGCGAAAGAACUGAGUGUAUUACCGAAGUUUAGUCCCCCAGGUCGCUUUGUUUUUGGCAUUUGGUUUUUACAAGCCGCAACUAUUUCGUUCAAAUUGGUUUCUAAGACCAAUCCACCGGAAACGAUUUCAGCAAGGAUUGCAUGAAUUUCCUGAAACUUAAACACCUGGAAAUGAACGAGUUAGUAAUAGUUCGUUUUUUAUGAUUCCUGUAUAAUAUAAAGCAUUUCUCUACAUCUUCUUUUCUCUUUCUGCGAAUCGUCAUAGACCCGGUUUGAUGAUCUUCUGAUGGACGUCUUUAUCCACUUGAAGUCGAAUGAGUCAGAAUCUGUUAAAGCUCAUUCAAUUAUGAUACAGCAUUAAUCAAAAAAUAUUUUAAAAGGACCAAAAAAAAUAUCAUGAUUCGGUCAACAGAAAGAGGCAAGGACUUUGGAAUCCGUUCUUAUUGGAACGAUGCACUCGAGACUUACCAAAUCUAGUUCACAGACGUUAUUAAAGCAGCGGUCUAAAGCUUCCACAAAAACCUGAUUGUUAGCUUUACCGAAUUAAGGGGAAGGGAAACAAACCUGAAUGAGAUCUAAAAUCCCAAGUUCGCUUUCUGCUUCAUCCACCACAAACACAAAAUAUAAAGUGGCAUAUUGACGAUAAAUAAUCCUGUUUUUUCCAGCAAUCAAGCUGCUCUCAAGAAAAUUGCACGAUGCAGCCGUACGGUUGGAUACUGAAUGAUAAAUUUCGCCAAGUAACCUUUGUUGAUCCGAUUCUUCAAUUGGAGUAUAAAACUUUGUCAGUCUAGGUUUCCCUUUAUUAUUGAAGAUAAAAAUUGCGUAAAUCAUGUCCAAGAGACUGCCUGCCCUUCACUACUUGUUGGUACCAGUAAAGACAAGCUUACCUAGGUGGAAAAUACAUGUGGUCUUGUUUCGGUUAUGACAACUCUAUUUUUGAGCUUUACUAACCGAAAAGCAGAAAUGCGCGUGCCUGAAAGUCUCUAUUUCUUUGCAUAAAUAAUAUAUAUAUAUAUAUACACUGUUUUAUCUACAUGUAUAGUAUAUGAAUGAAUUUUUUUCAUUAGAUUCAG